AGAAGUCAUUUUUUAGUUGAGGUUGGGGAAAAUAUUCAUUUAAAUUGAAUAAAAAGAUUGAGAAUAAACCACUUGGAAAAACAGUUUAAAGCAAUAAUUUUGGAAAAUGAUAUAAAAAGAGGAUGAUUUUGUUUGAUAAAAAAUUAGAGUAAAUUAGAAUAAUAGUCCGGGAUGAGUCUAAGCAAAUAUUUAACGGCUAAUAAUAAAUUGAACAUUAGUAAAGUGAUUGUCAAUGGUGAUAAACAACAUCAAAGAUAUUAUGUGGUUUGUUUGCUUAAUAGAAGUUAUAUUGGAGACAAGUUAGGAUUGAUUUACGAGAAAGAAAAUGCAGCUGAUAUGGUGAAUGCAGAGGGACAACGAGACAAGGCGAUUGAGCAGGAAAGGAAGGAGCAGAUAGAUAUUGAAAAUAAAGGAUGGGAGCAAUUAAAGAGAUUCGGAGGAAAUUGCAGAGAAAUUAAUGAGGAUGAGAACAAUUAGGUGGAAAAUCGAGCGAAAAGAAAACAAGAAAACAAGAA